UGUUUUCAAUGCAGCUUUGCAGCAACGUCUGUUGAUGUCGAGCGUAUUUUCUCUCAUGGAUGGCUCAUUCUUUCUUAUGUGCAUUCAAGACUUUCGGCACAAAUGACACGAGCUCUUUUUUGCCUUGGAAGUUGGAGUUCCCUCAGUCUGGUGAAAGACAAGGAUGUUACUGCCAUGACAUGUAAGCCUGACCUCGAAGGAGAAGAGCGGGAGUUGGAUGAAAGCUGGGAUAAUAUUAAUGUGUAG